UUCAGCGUCGGCACUCGGUCUAUCCCAAGAUUGUCAAUGGGAGGUAUCUGGUGCUAUCAGUUUGGCGCUACGAUAUGGAUCGCCAGAAGGUGUCACGACCAAGAAUGGGUUCCCUACGGGUAUGCGGGCAUCAGAUAUUCAACGACUGGGACGAUGUCUUGAGAGAAAUGGCCGGGUACCGAGUUCAGGAUAACCCUAAAAAGGUGCUAUGGACCGCUGUUGGCACAGCUUUCCAAGCAGAGGGUGCCGAGGUGCGCAAGUCUUGUCCUUACUGCCUGACCGACUUCUCCGUACAAGCAUGUCCCGAACGCGCCACGGUGCGUAUGUGGCAGGAUCUAGGGCCUGAAGGGUCCCCAUUGAACACAGAGUGGACGGAAAACAACAUCUCCGUGCCUUUGAAGGAAAAAGAAUUUAAGAUUAUCAAUGACAAGAUUCCCGGAGACAUUCGCAGACUCUACGAGUUGGAGUGAGAGAAGAGGAUGGGCAUACGUUGUUUUCGAACUUGAAGAAUGAUUCGGCGGUUGCUAGCUGUAGUCGAAGCCAGUUAUAAACGAAUUUGAGGGUGAAUCCUUGAGCGCAAAUUUUCCAUUAGCGCAUAACGGCGAGCAAGAUAAGAAUUGAGGUAUAGUUCAGGAAGCAGAGAAGAUAGAGUAAGAUCAUGCGGUCCUCUCCAGGAUACUGUCUUUUGGGACAACCGCUAGCUGAUCAAAUAAAAACAUCGAACUCAGAAUUUCUGGUGCUCCGUAUAAUAUUGGACACUUUCGGAACGGGCCUCAUCAAGUUGAUGAGUUUGUUGUCCAUAAGCGCUGGGCUGCGGCGGU